AUGGGUUUCUUCGAUUCGGAUCUCAGCUACCCCACGGUGCGCACCGAGCGCAUGAAGCACAAGCGCCGUCGUCUUGUGCAGGGCCCCAAUUCGUACUUCAUGGAUGUCAAGUGUCCCGGAUGCAAGAACAUCACUGUGGUAUACAGCCAUGCCACGUCAGAGGUUAAGUGCAAUGGUUGCGCUACCUUGCUUUGCCGCCCCACCGGUGGCAAGGCAAUGCUGGUAACUGGCUGCGGGUUCCGCAAAAAGCCAGACCACUAA